UUUUUUUUCCACGACAAGUGCAGUACACGUUGCUGUCUGCUAAAAUUUCGCUCUUUAAAUACGAACGCAAGUCCUGAGCAAACAGGUAGUUGUUGGACAUCAGCAGUCGUGAAGUCUACACAUCAUCACUGCAAGUCGACAUUUUCGAGUAUUUCUUCAUUGAACCGGAAGUCGAUAUACAGAAUAAAAAUGAGUGGAAACUUGACAAUUAUUGGUUUGGUGUGUUUGCAAAUACUGAGCGUAAUGUCGAUCAAUGAAUACCCCGAUAAGAAAGUACAAAAUAUUUGGUUGACGGACAUGGACGAUAGACAGGCUGCAUCCAGAAUCGAACGCAGUGAUCAGUUCGAAACGGCCAGUGACGUCAUAAUGAAGGACGCGAGCGUGUACCCAAAGAUCAUCCGUCGUGGAUUCGCGGGAGAGGAAUUUUUUUUGAAGGCGUCAAAGUCGGUGCCCAGGAUCGGUCGUAGGAAUAACGAUAUUCAGGAAUCGCCCAAAAGAUCGUUGAGCAAAGAUCAAGUGAACAUGGUGGAAUACUGGCCGUACUUACAGCCGAACGACAUCAACGAAUUGACCAGGAAACACGACUUCGAUUUGCCGUACAACUGCCAACAACUGGACGCUAAAACCAUUUUUUUGGUGGACAUGUAUAACUUCGUGUGCAACGAUCAGUUCUAUUGUUGUGCGCCGGCUAAGCGCACCAUAGCCAACUCUCCAAACGCGAAUUCCUUGUAAAAACGCGAAGCGCAUUUUACAACACUAUAAUAAUGCUAAUAAUAAUAUGUAGUCAGCCUUAGAUUUACGGGGAAUAUGUUUUUGUUCAGAAUUAUAAUUAUUAUUCAUAUUAUUCAUUACUUAUUUUGAGUGAUUUUAUUUACAGCUGGUUGAAAGAUAAUCAACUACCGGUAUAUUAUAAUUAAACGCGUGAUCAUUGUUUUUGGCACGCUUUAAUUAAUGUAUUAAAUUGAUGUCAAAUGAAAAAUGUCUUUUACUCAAUAAAAAUUGAUAUAAUAAUCUAUAUAUAAUACAAA